AUGGACCAAUCAAACGAUGCCGUACCAGAAGACCCGGAUGAAGGAGCUGAACUUGGAGAACCAUCCCAAGGCGUUCCUUUGGAAAACAGCCUUCCGUUGCCCGGAGAAAGUUCGAACAAUGUUUCUGUGGAGAUAUUCGAACAGCCAUUAUCAAACGCCAUGGACAAUCCCACCGUAAAUAUGGAAAUCGAGCUGGCGCGCAUUCAAGAAGGCAUGUUUUCUCCUGUUAUUCUGCUCAACAACGUUAACAAUGAACCAGAAGUGCAGUCUAUCAUCGACAUCUCAACAGAUCAAAGCAAUGACCAAUUUGCUAUGGAAGAACUCGAUUCCGAUAUGUUUAUCGUAUCGUCUAGAAACUUACCACCUGAUUACAGCCCGCAUUCUCCCAGAAACUCUGGAAGACCAUCGGCGGAGGAGUUGUCUACGUCUCAUUGUAAAAAGCGCAAAAGAAUCGACACACCAGAGCGAUCAACUAAACCCCCCAGCUCAGCAAAAUAUGCCGAAGACGAUGACGGAACAGUGUGUUCUAUAUGUCUGGACGAAUGGACGGUGACUGGCGAUCAUCGAGUGGUGUCCUUAAAAUGUGGUCACCUCUUCGGAAUGUCUUGCAUCAAGCGGUGGUUACAGGAUAAAACUGCCGCUACCCGUUCUUGCGCAACAUGUAAAGCGAAAGCAACCGUGCGCGACAUGCGCUUCAUCUUCGCUAGGAGUAUAAAAGCAGUGGAUAAUACGGAAGAGGAGAUGUUGCGGGAACAGGUUGAGAUAGAAAAAAAGAAGAACACUGAGCUAACUAUAAAGCUUUCGGUUGUGCAAGUGGAGCUAAUGCAUUGUCGCAAGAUGAUAGAAAGAUACAAAACCCAGCAACAGGAGUUGCAUGCGCUUCCUCUACAGAUGGGCGAUAAUGGAUUGCAGGGUGCGGCAGCCCGCCGGACAAGCUACAGGUUGUUCAUGGAGAAGAACUUGGAGAUAACGCGAGAUCCAGGUUGUCGGGUGAUGGCGUACGCAGCCAAACAACAGACACUGCUAAUAUCGCAAAAGUCCACACUGCCACUCUUUCCCGGGUACUCCGUCAGGAUGAUGCUAGUGCCUGAAUUUAGCUUAACCGGUGGGGGAUCUACUCUGCUAGUAUCGAGCCGUUCCGUGCGAGACAUUGCCAUCGAUGCUUCCGAUGACUUGUUUACUUGUGCCACUAUGGAGAAAACGGUAAAGAUUUUCUCCAUCCAAAGCCGUUCGGUUCAGAGCACAAUCACGCCGAGCCAAGACGCAGUUUUGUGGUCGUGCGCAUUCGAUAAGGAGCGUUCUAAGUUCCUAUACCUCGGAUCGCAACGUGGUUCCGUGUACGUGUACGACAUUCGGCAACCGGACCAGCUGCUGGAAGAGUUCCGUGUGGGAUUUGAGAAUCAGGAUUAUACUGCCGUGGUGAAGAUUUGUCCAGUAGAACCCACGUCGGUCAUUCCGUGUGGUGGGUUCUUGGUGUGUAAGCUCAAAUCCGUUUGGUUUUACGAGUAUAAGCCGACUCAACAGAUUGAGCAUCAUUUGCUAAAUAUUACCGGAACGUUCUCUUCGAUGAGCUACAACGCUUCCAGCGGCCUGAUUCUGAUCAGCGCCCGACCGACGGUAGAUAAACCUUCGACGUUGGUGUUGGCCACUAUCGAGAAAAGCAACGAAUCGUUUGUAUUGCAAAUUCAACACACGUUUGAGGGAUCGCGUGUGCAAACUCUCAUGUACCGUUGCGCCCAAGUGCACCUGAACGACAAAGACACGCUUGUCGCAUCAUAUGUAGAAAGUUCCAAGAUCCUCGCCACCUGGUGCACCAAUAAUGGCCAGCGUUCAAUUCAGCAUCUGCCGAUGAGCGAAAGUAUCCUUGAUAUUUGUCCGAUUCGUGCUACUCCAGGGCAAACAUACUUGGCCGCCUUGAGCGAAUGUAGAUGUCGUAUUUAUCGACUGAAUACUGAGUAAGGGCAGCAACUGAUAACCCUGGCACGAACCGAUGUCGCAAAAUGUUUAUA